UGACUUGAGGUAUUCUCCGGGUUGAUCCUCCGAGAUGCCCCACCCAACGUAGGCGUCGCUCAAACGUAUAAAUGGCGAAGGACCGAGGCUGUCGCCAGUAACGGCGGGACCUGCCUGUCAACGGCAUCUGAAAGCGCAGCCUCCAAGUUCCAGUUGCCCCUUUCCCGGGAGACAUCAGAAUGAAGUUGGCGAGAGUUGGCUUGCUCCUGCUGUUCCUGUUCGUCACGCAGUGUCUCCUGGACGGUGCCCACGGGAAGGAGGAGAAGAAGGAUAAGCGGAGGAAAGGCAAAGGGCGCAACCGAGGGGAGUCCCAGGCCGGAGAUGCCCACAAGAAGGCACAGGCAUCUCCAGUCGAAGGGAGGAAGCAAGAGCGCUCGGCUCCACAAUCUGGUAAAAUCGUGGGCAAAAACAAGGAGGAGUGCAAGUGGACAUUGCGAGGGGAAGAGAGCGGCGAGAGGAACCUGCGCCUUGAUUGCAAAAAAGAUCACAGCGAUUACUGGUGUGAGUUCACGGGGCAUCCGUCGACCUGCCAGAAGUACGGUAGCAAUGUAAAGACCUACUGGAAACAAGUCAUCAAGGCACUGAAGAGAAAAGCAGACUGCAGCGACCCGUCGGCGGUGCUGAAAGCAAACUUGUGCAAAAGCACAAAGGCAGCGCUAAUGAAAAUGAGCCGCUCCAGCCUGUUGCCCGCGGCCGCUGCCGACCAGAAUGAUCCGAAAGCCUCAGAUGCCAAAGCGGAGGGCGAGCGUCCCGACAUUGAGCAAAUAACCGCCGAGAAUUGCAGCGAAAAGUGGGGACCCCUCUGCAAGUUCAUGCUGUUAGCCUUCGAGGGCUAAAACAAGGGGGACUGCAACACCUCUGUGUCUGCGCUGUGAUGUUUUUUUUUUACUUGCUCUGGGACUACUGUUUGUAUAGCUGAUAAAUUGUAUUAAAGUUCCACGAUUUAUAAAUAA